CGCGAAGAAGACAUCGCAGGGCUGCAGGACGUCAAGCGGCUGAUCAAGAACAAAGUGAUGCGGCCGCUGCUGCGACCGGAGGUGCACCGCGGGUUGUACCAGCCGAGCAGCGGCAUUCUGUUCUUCGGCCCGCCGGGCACGGGCAAAACGACGCUGGCGAAGUGGAUUGCGAGCGAGAGCCAAGCGGCGUUCUUCUGCAUCACGCCGUCCACGCUGACGAGCAAGUUCUACGGCGAAAGCGAGACGCUGGUCAGCGCGCUGUUCGCGGUCGCCGCGCGGCUCGCGCCCUCGAUCAUCUUCAUCGACGAAAUCGACUCGGUGCUCAGCAAGCGCAACGAGAAGGAAGAAGAGUCGACCACGCGCAUGAAGAACCAGCUGCUCACGAUGAUGGACGGGCUGAACACGCCGGACGACAAGUUCAUCGUCGUGAUCGGCGCGACCAACCGGCCCGAAGCGCUGGACGACGCCGGCAUGCGCCGGCUGAGCAAGCGCGUCUACAUCCCGCUGCCCGACGCAGAGUCGAUUGCGCAGCAAAUCCGCGCGAUCCUGAAGCACCACGCGCAGUCGAUGGACAUUCCGUUCGUCGACGACCUCGAGUGGGUCGCGGCGUACGCGCAAAAGCUCGUCGGCUUCAACGGCAGCGACAUCCGCAACCUGUGCAUGAAGGCCGCAGAGACGGUGCUGCUGGUCGGCGGCAUGGCGGGCACCGGGAAGUCGACGCUGAUCGGCAGUCUCUGCCACACGUUGCAGGAGCGGCGGCAGAAGCGCUGCUACGUCAUCAACCUGGACCCUGCGGCGCUGCACUUCCCGUACAAGGCGCACGUGGACAUCCGAGCGACGGUGAAGUACCGCAAAGUCAUGAAGAAGUACAACCUCGGCCCGAACGGCGCGAUUCUGACUGCGCUGAACCUAUACGCGACCAAAUUCGAGCAGUUGCUCGCGAUCCUGAAGCAGCGCGAGCACGAGUUCGACUUCGUGCUCGUCGAUACGCCCGGCCAGAUCGAGGUGCUCAACUGGAGCGCGAGCGGCGCGAUCAUUCUGAGUCUGCUGGCCUCGCAGUAUCCGACCGUCGCGCUGUACACGAUGGACUCGAGCCGCUGCGCGAAGCCCGUGGUGUUCGUCUCGAACCUGCUGUUCUCGACCGCGCUGAACUCAUGA